CCCUCACGUAGUCACAAACAGCAUCACAAACUAGCCUCUUGUAUAGUAAUUAAGGUUGCAUUAGUCGUUGAUCAUCAUCGUUAAUCAUGGGUGUUUUCACUUUCGAGGACGAGAAUGUCUCCCCAGUGGCACCAGCUAAACUAUACAAAGCUGUUGCAAAGGAUUCCGACACCAUCGUCCCAAAGGUAGUAGAGGCCAUUCAGAGUAUUGAAAUCGUUGAAGGUAAUGGAGGCCCCGGAACCAUCAAGAAGAUCACGGUUGUGGAAGGUGGAAAAAGCAUCUACGUGCUGCACAAAGUUGAAGAAAUCGACGAGGAAAACUUGGGAUACAAAUACAGCAUAGUGGGGGGGAGUGGAUUAGAGGAGAUUUUGGAGAAAGUGACAUUCGAAACAAAGUUGUUUCCAGGGCCCAAUGGUGGGUCAUUGGGGAAGGUGAGUGUGACUUACCACACCAAAGGAGACGCAGCCCCACCGGAAGAGGUUCUUCAGAGCAACAAGGUCAAGGGAAUUGCACUUUUCAAGGCUGUUGAAGGCUUCGUUUUGGCAAACCCUGAUUACUAGUCACACCCUAUUCUUUUCACUUUUAUGCCCCUCAAUAAGUUUGCCUUCCAUUGCCUUGUCACUUUCUCAAUCACUCUUCUCUUUCAUCAGUGUUGAAUGCUAUUCGUGUGUAUUUCGACUCUACGGCCAAUCUUAUUUCGCAAUAAAUAAUAUUCCCUUCUUUUUACUCGUAAUAAAAAAACAUUAUGUAUACCACUUUUUAUUAUUA